AUGGCUGUCAGACAGACGGGGGCUGUGGUUUGUGGAGUCUCUGUCUUCCUCACCCAUCCCAGGCUGACGUCUGAUUGGACAGAGACGGGGGCUGUGAGGAACCAGGACAACGAGCUAGAGGACCAGGACAACGAGCUAGAGGACCAGGACAACGAACUAGAAGACCAGGACAACGAGCUAGAGGACCAGGACAACGAGCUAGAGGACCAGGACAACGAGCUAGAGGACCAGGAAAACGAGCUAGAGGACCAGGACAAUGAACUAGAUGACCAGGACAACGAGCUAGAGUACCAGGACAACAAGCUAGAGGACCAGGACAACGAGCUAGAGUACAAGGAAAACGAGCUAGAGGACCAGGACAACGAGCUAGAGGAUCAGGACAACGAGCUAGAGGAUCAGGACAAUGAGCUAGAGGACCAGGACAACGAGCUAGAGGAUCAGGACAACGAGCUAGAGGACCAGGACAACGAGCUAGAAGACCAGGACAACGAGCUAGAGGACCAGGACAAUGAGCUAGAUGACCAGGACAACGAGCUAGAGUACCAGGACAACGAGCUAGAGGACCAGGACAAUGAGCUAGAGUACAAGGAAAACGAGCUAGAGGACCAGGACAACGAGCUAGAGGAUCAGGACAACGAGCUAGAGGAUCAGGACAAUGAGCUAGAGGACCAGGACAACGAGCUAGAGGAUCAGGACAACGAGCUAGAGGACCAGGACAACGAGCUAGAAGACCAGGACAACGAGCUAGAGGACCAGGACAACGAGCUAGAGGACCAGGACAACAUAGUGUUAUUCUCUACUCUCCAUAGAGGUUAGAAUACAGUGCAUUCGGAAAGUAUUCAGACCCAUGAACUUUUUCCACAUUUUGUUACGUUACAGCCUCAUUCUA